AUGGAUGCACAAGCCUAUCUCAUCCGACAUGGAUGGUCCGGUCCCGGAAACCCUCUCAAUCCGAACCAACGUCCAGGCGCACACGGUGGCCUCGGUCUCACAAAGCCCAUUCUCGUCGCGCGCAAACAGAACAACCACGGCGUGGGCAAGAAGACAACGAAAGACCCCACGAAUCAGUGGUGGCUGCGUGGAUUCGAAGACGCGCUCAAGGGCAUUGGCGAGGAUAAAUCUACCUCGACGAGUUCAAACAAUGCGUUGACGAGCGAACUGUACCGACACUUUGUGCGCGGCGAAUGUCUUGCUGGUACCAUUGAGCAGAAGAAGGUGGAGGAGCUGAAAGAAGAGUCCAAGUCCAAGUCGAAGAGGAAGCGUGAUUCUGAAGACGAGGAUGAGCGUCGGGCGAAGAAGGAGGAGAAGGCUGCGCGGAAAGAGGAGAAGCGCAAGCGUCGCAAGCUCAAGGAAGACGGGGAGACUACCGAGUCUGCGGCCGUGUCUUCGAACGAUUCGUCUAGCUCGGAGAAGCGCAAGGAGAGCAAAGAGGAGCGUCGGUUGAGGAAGAAGGAGAAGAAGGAACGGAAGGAACGGAAAUUGGAAGAUAAGAAAUCCAAGAAGUCGAAGCGCUCUGCUAGCGAGGAGGAUUAUCCUACACCGAUGUCGACCGACGAGGAUCGUGACGACGGACGAGUGACCACCGCUGAAUCAGACGAAGCCCCUGCCGCAACCAAAGAGAAGAAGGAAAAGAAGGAGAGCAAAAAAUCCAAGUCCAAGAAUAAGGACAGCGAAGGGGAACAAAAGUCCGACUCGAAGAAGUCCAAAAAGGAGAAGAAAGAGAAGAAGGACAAGUUGGCUUGA